CAAAACUUGUUAGGAGCAGAUUUGUUAGUAAUUUAUUUACCAACUUUUUACGCCAUGACUACAGCGGGUGAAGUGAAGAGAGAGAGCAGGAAAGAGGUGGAGUGGCAAGAGAGAGACAGAGAAGUGACACAAAUCAAUGUGAGCACCCAAACCACCAUCACCAGCAGCAGCAGCAGCCUCCCCGACCUCCAUCACCUCUAUGCCUUUCCAUGGGAAAGACGGACAGAGCCAGAGUCACAGGAAAGACAGUCUACUCCACAACACAGCAUCCGGGUUGGUUGUCUCUCUGAUGGGUAUUCACUCUGCAGCAGAGCCGCCUCUUCAGGGACGCUUGUAGGAGUGAAAAAGCCCGGUGGACAGAGGAACUGAUUACUUCUAGACAUUUUUCUCUUCACGUUGCUCCAUCAAGUAACUGGAUGUCUUCCAAGCGACCAGCCUCUCCAUAUGGGGGGACAGAUGGAGAGGUAACCAUGGCAACCAGCAGACAGCGAGUGGAGGAUGAGGAUAGUGAGGGACUGGGCGGUGUCAUCCACCUCCCCCUGGCCUCCUACUGCGGCAAGGUGUCCCCUCGCUCACCCCCCAGCCGCAACUUGGACAGCCCCCCCAACAUGGAGCUGGACGGCACUAAGGGGAGCUCUCUGAGUCCUUACCCCCAGCACAAUGCUACCUCACCGGGCAAAGAAGAAGGCGGAGGUGGGGGGCGACCCUGCAGUGACGGGGGCUCGGCCACGGGUACCCUGGGGACUCCCGAGAGACGUAAGGGCAGCCUGGCAGACGUGGUGGACACACUGAAACAACGCAAGAUGGAAGAGCUGAUCAAGAACGAGCCAGAAGAGGCCCCCAGCAUUGAGAGGCUGUUGUCAAAGGACUGGAAGGAUAAACUUUUGGCCAUGGGCUCAGGGCACAUCGGAGAAAUUAAAGGUACUCCAGACAGCCUGGCGGAGAAAGAGCGCCAGCUCAUGGGCAUGAUUGGCCAGUUGAGCAGCCUGAGGGAGCAGCUCCUGGCGGCCCACGAGGAGCAGAAGAAGCUGGCCGCCUCACAGAUGGAGAAGCAGAGGCAGCAGAUGGAGCUGGCCAAGCAGCAGCAGGACCAGAUUGCCCGGCAACAGCAGCAGCUUCUGCAGCAGCAACACAAAAUCAACCUCCUGCAGCAACAAAUCCAGCAGGUCCAGGGCCAACUCCCUCCACUGAUGAUUCCCGUCUUUCCUCCAGACCAGAGGACUCUGGCGGCGGCUGCAGCCCAGCAGGGCUUCCUCAUGCCCCCUGGCUUCAACUACAAGCCUGGCUGCAGUGACCCCUACCCUCUCCAGCUCAUCCCCACAACAAUGGCUGCUGCUGCUGCUGCUGCCACACCAGGCCUGGGACCCCUACAACUCCAGCAGUUGUACGCAGCUCAGCUGGCGGCCAUGCAGGUCUCCCCAGGGGCCAAGCAGCACGGAGGAAGCCUGCCCCCACAAGCCAACCUGGGCACACACUCCCCACCCACCAACACACACCCACAGAGUGACAAGGGUCGCAGCUCCCCGCCAUCAAACAAGACCAAGGACAGUGAGGGUGCACAGCCACUGAACCUGUCGGCCAAGCCUAAGGCAUCCGAGAGCAAGUCACCCAACUCCCCCCCAACUUCCCCACAGGUCCCUGCUGCUGCUGCCGCCACCAAGCUGGGCCAUGCCGGCUCCAUGAAGCACAGCAUCGCCCCCUCCAGCAUCGGUGGACCACCGACCAGAGUCAGCUCAAUUGCAGACUUGUUGUCGUCGCUGUCCUCCACAGCCUACCUGAACGACCACGAGGCGGUGACCAAGGCCUUCGCCGAGGCCCGGCAGAUGAAGGAGCAGCUGAAGAGAGAGCAGCAGGUCCUGGACGCCAAGGUCGCCGCUGUCAGCAACCUCAGCCUCAACAAUGGGCGCUCGGACAAGGACAAGGCUGCCCUGGAGAGUCUGAGUCAACAGCUGAAGCAGCAGGCGGAGGACAAGUUCAGCCACGCCAUGCUGGACUUCACCAUGAGCGGAGACUCUGACGGCUCCCCCAGUGUGUCAGACUCCAGAAUAUUUCGGGAGGCUCGGGGUCGCGGAAGCGCUGAGCCGCACAUCAAGCGGCCGAUGAACGCCUUCAUGGUGUGGGCCAAGGACGAGAGGAGAAAGAUUCUCCAGGCCUUCCCCGACAUGCACAACUCCAAUAUCAGCAAGAUCCUCGGCUCACGCUGGAAGGCCAUGACCAACCUGGAGAAGCAGCCCUACUACGAGGAGCAGGCUCGCCUCAGCAAGCAGCAUCUGGAAAAAUACCCAGACUACAAGUACAAGCCGCGACCCAAACGCACCUGUCUGGUGGACGGCAAGAAGCUGCGCAUCGGCGAGUACAAGGCCAUUAUGAGGUCUCGCAGACAGGAAAUGAGACAAUACUUUAGUGUGGGGCAGCAGGGUCAGUUGCCCUUGUCCUCCGCGGGCGUGGUUUACCCCAGUGCCCUGUCAAUGGCAGGAAUGCCCUCACCCCAGAUGCCCUCAGAGCACUCAAGCAUGUCCAGCAGCCCCGAGCCCAACGCCAACCAUCACCAGAACCCCCACAUGCUGAAGGGGGACGAGCCACGAAUCAAGGAGGAGGAGCUACGGCUGGACGACAGCAACGGUGACGUGUACGACGACUUCGACUACGAGGACGAAGAGGCCGAUUACGCCAGCGAUAAUGACAACCAUAUCACCCAAUAGGACGGCGCGAGAGCCGUCUUUCUCUUUUUUUUUUUCUUCCCCCAAGCCAAUCACAGCUGGUUAAUCCCACACAAUCCCAAACCCACCAAUCAGGAAGAAAACUUUCUCUUUUGCCAAUCACCUUGACUCCCCAGUCUCACAAACCCCGCCACCCUGCCCCCAACCCCCGUCCUGACUAACAUGGACUCUUUUAACAGAGCCAGACGCCUCCCACUGGAGUCCUGAUACCAGCAUCCGAUCAAUCAACUGAAGCACAGGACCUGUCACUCACACUGACUGUUACACGAACUGGAGUCUGGGAGGAAGAGACGACCAAGCCAGCUCUGAAGUUUGCUGAGGAAUAUUCAAGUACUACUGCAAGAGUUUGAGUGUAAUGCCACGAGUGAGGAGAAAUAAAAAUCACACUCAGAAAGCAACCUUUUAGACCCGUUUGUAGAAAAGGAGACAUUUAAAAAUGAAAGGCGGAACAGUGGACCUGUCAAAGGCUAACAGAUGACACUUUAAGAUGGCGGACCUGUUUAUUAUCAAGAGACACUUUUAAAAAAAAAAAAACAGCUUUUUUUGUUCUUUGGUUCUAUAAUAUUCUCACUCAGGUACACGGUGCCAAUAAGUGGCUUGUGAAUGUGAUUUGUUGUUUUUGUGCUACAAGUUUGAAUAAUAAUAGAAAAAAGAGACAUUUCUUUUUUUCCCCUUUUGUUGUAAAGCACCUGAAAGACAUCAGACAUGUUUAUUUUUAACAAGAACAUAUCUUUUUCCUCGACCUCGCAGUGUGCUGUCAGCGGUUCGCCCCCCCUCUCCCCUUUUUUCUCUGUGUUUUUGUGACUGCCCACUCCCUCACGCCUUCCCCCAUUCAGAAUCCAAUGGGACGGUCCGGUCGGGACUGACCUGUGCAGCGUUGGACUGUCCCACUUUGAGGAUUUUCAGGAGGGGAGAGGGGGAGUCUCUCUGGCGUCACGGAGCAGAAACGAAAGCACUGUGUUGUGAGACAAUCCACCAGUUUUAUUCUCGCUCCGUCCCUUAUAUAUCUUGAUCUUGUCCAGGACAAAACAUCAGUACGACUUAGCUUGAAACAUCCGACAGUGUGAGUGUGUGUCGGUGUGUGUGUGCCGUGUGUACUCCUGUUGACCGUUUGCACAAGGCUUAUAAAGACGUGUAGGAUACAGAAAGACAGGCAACUUACACUGCUGCUGUUACUUACUGUACCACACACACACACACACACACACACACACACUCACGCACAUAUAUACAACUGUUGUUCUGUCCUUCAGUGUUUUCCUGCUCCCUCCAAUCAACAUCGUCCUGCUGUCCCCAGUGGGUGGAGCCAAGGUGAAGUCAGCCAGUCAGUGUUUCUGUUUGUAUUUGAAUACUGUAUUUUAUUAUUUCUCUUCAAACUGCCUCUAGUCUAAUAAUAUUAUUAACAAUAAUUAUAAGGAUGGUCAGCGUUUCCUAAGUUUAGUAAGUUAUGUACAGUAUAAUUUAUUUUUCUCCUCUUUAUCGGGUUUUUAUGACCAUAUGAAACUAUGACAGUCAAUGAAACAUUAUUCUAUUUAGCUGGUAGGUAUUUAGAUCUAAACAAAAGUUGUCAUUUUACCUUGCUUUGUUUUGCAUUCUUAUGUUCCCUUCUUUUUUGAUGCGUUCGUUUUGUAUUAAUCUUCUGGACGGGUGGGCGGGCGGAGUUAGGACAGCGAGCUGGACUGACAGACUUGACGCCAGCCCUCCUCCGAGCUGAAGACGUAACCUUUUCAUGUCCAAACCCAUUUCUAAAAAGCACUCAGACUCUGUG